CCGUAGCUUCUGCCCCUGGAGCGCAGCGUGGAGGCCCGAGAGCGGGAGUGCCACCAGCACAGAAGCCUGCUCCACAACAAUUUGACACUCCUUAUCCGGGCACUGCUUAUCCGCCGGCGCAGCCAGCUCCUGAUGUCAACAUACCGCCACUAGAGGGACUUGAAGUAGCGGGUCCUCCCGCCACUGCGACUACCACGACGCCGGCGUCAGCACCUUCGGCAACACCCACCACUACUGCCACUGCAACUCCUGCAACAACGAUUGCAACGACGGGUCCUACACCUACCACCACCACAGGUGUAGCCGCCACGGAUGUGUACGGUACCGGCUUCACCCCGUCACCCACUCCUAGUCAACCACAAUUCCCAUCGGACGAAGUAACGAGGAAAGAGAAAAUGGAUGGUCAGUAA